UUCUCAGCAUUCUUCGCCUCUGGUUCGAAAUUUUCAAACCGAUCCGAAAAACAUAAAGACAAGACCGAAUAAAGACCGAGGAACAGGGGAGGCGGUAGACAGAAGACAGAAGACAGAAGAACAGAAAAUAACAAAAAUCCAUUUCUAUAUACCCGACAUCGACAUCGACAUCGACAUCGAGAUCGAGAUGUGUAUAUGAACGCAGUUCCUGCUCGUAGACCGGUCGUCCAUCGUAGCAUCGUUGUGUUCCACAGUUCCAAAGUUCAGUGAGUGGACAAAAGAAGAAUCGAGGGCGGAGAAUCCGAAUCCGAAUCCGAAUUCGAGUCCUGCGCGCGGAAGAAAGAAUCAACCGAAGAUUUGUUGUAAUGGUGCACAGGCGCUGGAUUUUCUGUGAGAGCGGCGAGGAUCCAAACUUCAGGAAGGAGCACUACGAGUACACCCAAAGCCAGCACCGAUAAAUUGCCAAAACCACAUCCAA